AGUAGCUGCUUGGAACUUGAGGAGGGAGGAUUGUCUCUGGAGUAAGCUGUAACCCAGUAGCAUCUUGGACAGGCAGGAACCCGGGGAGAAGAGUAGGUGCUCUGGAUGGGCUGCUGAGACUGAGAAGGGUGCUGUGGCCACAGGGAAGUGGCCCAGGGAAAUGCAGUGAUAGUAGAAGCAAAGGAAUGCAGUAAGUGACUGUGAUUUGGAGGGUACCUGGUCUGGGAGCCUGGGUCCCCCCACUCACCACUGGGGAAGUGGCAGGACAAUCGACUACAGUUGCUACUGGGGAAGUUGCUGGACUAGGAGCUAAACUCCCCCGGUCAGGGGAACAUUGAUAGGGACAUGGCUGAGGGCUGUGUCACUAAGAGGAUGCUGCGGUUCUAAAUGCUGUAAGAGGGGCUGCAGGCAGACUGCAGAGAAGGAGUGAUGGUGUGCAGACUGCAGAUGUGGGUGUCAACCUUGAGCUAAUCCUGAAAGUGAACAAGAGGAGGUGCCAGGCUGAUGGUGAUUGAUGUGCCCCAUGAUGGAGGCAUUUGUGAGGACUGAAGUGUCAUUCUAAAGCCAUUUUAAAAAUCAUGACAAGCUCAAUUGGACAGAAAAAAGGGUCUUCAAGACAACGGAAGUGUGGUUUUUGUAGGUCUAAUAAAGAUAAUGAAUGUGGGCAAUUACUGAUGUCUGAAAACCAGAAGGUGGCAGCACAUCACAAAUGUAUGCUAUUUUCAUCUGCAUUGGUAUCUUCACACUCUGAUAAUGAGAGUCUUGGUGGAUUUUCUAUUGAAGAUGUUCAAAAGGAAAUAAAAAGAGGCACUAAACUGAUGUGCUCUUUAUGCCAUUGUCCAGGAGCAACCAUUGGUUGUGAUGUGAAAACGUGUCACAAGACAUAUCACUACUACUGUGCAUUGCAUGAUAAAGCUCAAAUAAGAGAGAAACCCUCACAAGGCAUUUACAUGAUUUUAUGCCGAAAACACAAGAAAACUACACGUAACUCUGAAGCAGAUUUAGAAGAAGGUGUCAAUGAACACGAAUUGGAGCCUUUACCUCCCAAAGGAAAAAAGAGGGGUCGGAAGGGAAAGCCAAGAAAAACAAAUCUCAAAGGGCAGUCAGAAGACACUAGAUCUACAUCCUCACAUGGGACAGAUGAAAUAGAAAGCAGUUCCUAUAGAGACAGGUCUCCCCACAGAAGCAGUCCCAGUGAUACAAAACCUAAAUGUGGAUUCUGUCAUGCAGGUGAAGAAGAGAAUGAAGCUAGAGGAAAGCUUCAUAUAUUUAAUGCCAAAAAGGCAGCAGCACACUAUAAGUGCAUGUUGUUCUCUUCUGGCACUGUGCAGCUAACAACAACAUCAAGGGCAGAGUUCGGUGAUUUUGAUAUUAAAACUGUACUCCAGGAGAUCAAGAGAGGGAAAAGAAUGAAAUGCACUCUUUGCAGUCAGCCUGGGGCUACUAUUGGAUGUGAAAUUAAAGCCUGUAUCAAGACUUACCAUUACCACUGUGGAGUACAAGACAAAGCUAAAUACAUUGAGAAUAUGUCACGAGGCAUUUACAAACUCUAUUGUAAAAACCAUAGUGGAAACGAUGAAAGGGAUGAAGAGGAUGAAGAAAGAGAAAGCAAAAGCCGUGGGAAAUCAGGCUCUGACCAUAGUAGCAUUCCUCAGCAGCAACUCAAUGGAAACUAGGUUCAAGGGACAGAGUUAGAGAACUGGGAAUGAAUAAGACAUCCAUAACUACUAAUUCUUUUAAAUUGUUUUCUAAGAUCAGAAAAGGGUUAGUAACUUUUUACGGCCUGAUUCUGUUAGAAAUUUCAUUGAACUGCCUGAAACGUUCAUGUGUGUGAGCCUUCAAUAAGUGGCAGAGUUUUACAUGUCAAUAUUAUGUAGUUUGUAGUCUGCAGUGUCUGGAAAAAAAUUGAAACACUAUAUAAAUGAUAUGUAAUAUGUACAGUGUCAAAAGUUAAGGCAGACAUUGAAAUGAAGUAAGCUCUAUAUUUCUGGACUGAAUAAAAAUCUAAGAUUUGGAAUGUGUAAGUUGUUUAGUGGAUUCAUGCACCAAGGGAAAGUCUUAGUAAGAUUAAUUCACAACGUGGACAGACAAGUCCAUGGUGGCAACAAGCUGGUAACUCAUGAAUUUUGCAUUUUCUUAUACAAAAUAUGGAGGAUAAAUGUGUGUGGGGGCAAAUUGCUCUGUUUUUGCUUGCAAGGCACACAGUAGAAAAAGAACUCCGUGCAUGCAGAAGCAUGCUUGAACCUUUCAGUUUGUUCCUGUUGUGAUUGUUCCUACCGCCCAGCAUUCCUUGCUGGAGAUUUACUUGAGCAGCUGUUGGUUACAAGCUGCAAGCUUCAGUACUCAUGCCAAAGGGCUGUAGUUUGUUCUUUUCCCCAAUAGUCCACCACCUCUAUAUUCCUAAUGUACCAAGUGACUCUAACUUUUGGAAGCUGCAACCCGACAUCUUUAGAUUUCGAAGAGGGUUACUACUUUAACGUCUAUGGAAUUUAGUCACCUUAUCUGACAUCCAGACCUCAAGUGCUCUGUGUUGUGUGGAGCACUUCAUCUUUUGUCCAAAAUACAGACACCGAUCCCGUGUGCUGUGAGGAGGAGGAGGAAUCAACUUUGUUUCUUUUCUUUUUUUGGGUAGAUCAGUAUUUAUUUUUGAAUCUUGUGACCACUAUAUAAAAUUAUUUACUUACCAUUCUUAAUGCUUUUAGCGUUUGAUUUUUUUUUCUUGUCAAAUCAACGAUCAUGCCAUGGCACUUCAUAUGUCUAGAGGUCGAUGUUCCAUUAGAGAAUAAUCAGGUUUAGAUUAUACCAAAUCUUCCAGCUCAGUUCCCUAACUUUUUUCAUACAGCUCUGGCAUGUCUAGUUGCUAAUAAAUAGCUGCUUCUGCUGGUUCUAUUGAAGCACAUUAGCAGAUUCAUUUAAAAUAAAAUCAAAAACUUAACCCAGUAAGUAAGUCUUUCUAAUGCUUCCAGGGCACCUCGUUGCUUGGGAAGGGUUCUGGCUCUUUCUGAAUACCCAAUAAACCACUUAGAUUUGAAGUAAAGCAGGAAGCAAGAUACUCUGACAAUUUGACUAAAAACAGUGAAGGUUCAUCUGCAGUUGAUAUUAAGAAGCAGUUCAUUUGAAACAAGUUUCUGUAGCAUUUUUUACUUGUAUUUUUAAAAGAUUUAACAUGUCAUUGUCUUUUCAUGUGUUUCCUUAAUGUCUCAAGGGACUCAACUGUUGUAUAUUAAAUUUCUAACAUUUUACCAUGUUAGAAUUCAAUCUGUUUUGGGGAAGAAUGCAGUUUUAGUAAUAUUACUGUGUACAGAAAAUAUUCAGUUACUGCUCUAAACAUGCCAUUGAUCAUUCUUAUUUUGUAUUUGUAACUUUCAAAAUUAAAGGCAUGACUUGAAUUGCAAUGACAGAUUGAGAUUGUUUAUCAAGGUGUUUGCUUUUUUUUCUAGAAUAUGAAAAUUUUUCAGCUACGCGGAAGGGUUUCAGAAUGCAAAAUGUCUGUCACACUGCCUAGAUUAGGUUCUAGGUUGCGUGCCUCAAACAUGGCCUUCCCAUGGAAUAAAGGCACUUUAUUGUUUGCAACUACUGUAUUUUUUGGUUAAGGAAGAAUGAAAGGUACAAUGGGGUAGAUUUGCCAAUAUAAUCAUUGUAUUUUUCACUGAGUUCUAAUUCACAUUGUGUCAACUGCUGGAUUUAAUAUUCAGUCUAAUUCAUUAUGGAUAAAAUCAUUUAUCUCUCCGCAUGCCACUAGCAACCAUAACAACACUUUACCUUUGAGUAGCAGAAGAGCAAGUGGCUGACUAAACCAUCAUUAAUUCAGAACUCAUGGAAACAAAAAGUCAAUACCGAAAGCGUGUUUUGGUACAAGCCUCAAAUUCAUGUUAUUUACUUCAUCUUGUCAUGUAUGCUGGGUAAAAGUGCCUUACAAUGUAAAAAUUGUAUUUAUACAUUCCCAAGUAGUAUCACUGGCUGGGGAGUAAUUCUGUUGUGGUGUUAAUAUUUAGAAAAAAUGGACCUCAACAGUGUAUUUACUGUACAUCUCCGAUGUUCUUAACUGUAGCUUUAAUAGGCAUGGAAAUGUAUGACAGGUAUACAACACUUACACUUUUUAAAGACAAAAUACUGCCAUUACUGUCUCUUUAUGUGCAUUUUAGCUUGAAAUUUUGGACGGUUUGUCUUUUUUGUAAAGCAAUGUAAUCUUUUGCAAGCAUAUAUUGAAGAUUAUUCUGCAGCAUUUACUGCCUUCCCAGAAGUUAGAAGAAACGAACGUGCUUUAUAGGUAAAAUAGACCUUGUUUAAAUUAACUAGUUAAAUUAAUAAGGUUUAUUUGUUCCUGGCAAUUUUUUUUAAAUAGGCAGCUUUUGCUUUCAUCUCACGAUCGGAAAACAAUCUUGAAUUUAAGAACUUGUCUUAUGAAACUGAUCUAACUGAAUUUAGUUAAUUUAGGCCUUUUUGGCAUUUCUUGCUCACAAGAACAGUGUGUCUCUGUUCAAGAGACUCAUGGAACCCUCCUAUAAUGGAAGAUUUUUUUCCACAAAAUAAUAUAUUAAACAGUUUCAUUAUAUCAGCAAAGGGCUUGCCUUUAAAAAGAUCCUUUCUACUGCUCUUUUCUCAGGGAGUGCUGGCCGUGCCUGUCUACCUGAGCAGUUGCAGGAUACUGGCAGCUGGGGGAGGAAGGGCUCUAGAAGGCUAUUGGCAAAAUUCCCUGAGACUCUGAUUUAUACACUUUGGAAGAGGUUCCAGGUAGUGGCACAAAGUGGCCACAGAUUUAUUUGUGAGGGAAGCCGAGCACCAAUGUAGGUGACACUGGCUGGAAAGGGGACAUGGGCACUGUGGUUGAAGGGUUCACUAAUUCAGCAGGUGUUCGUCAACAGGAGAACCUGUUCCUAGAGCCCUGGUGGGAGUUCCACUUGCCAACACCCAUAGAGGGCAGCAGUGACUAUACCACUUACACGACACAAAGAUGAAUGUCCCUUGCAUACAAGCACUUUGCUGAUUCAGGGAGGUAUAAUUACACCUCCAUGUGCCAGCUUUGCUGAAUUUGGCCCUAAAUCUCACCUUCUAGUACAGUGGUUCUCAACCUUUCCAGACUAGUGUACCCCUUUCAGAAGUCUUGAUUUGUCUUGCAUACCCAAAGUUUCAACUCCCUUAAAAACUACUUGCUUACAAAAUCAGACAGAAAAAUACAAAAGCGCUUGCUUUCUCGUUUUUACCAUAAAAUAAAUUACAUGUAAUAUAAAUAUUGUACUUACAGUAUAUAGAGCAGUAUAAACAAGUCAGUAUGACAUUUUAGUUAGUGCUUUUAUAUAGCUUACUGUAAAACUAAGCAAAUUUCUAGAUGAGUUUGAUGAACUCCCUGGAAGACCUGUGUGUAUCCCCAGGGGUACACCUACCCCCAGUUGAGAACCACUGUUCUAGUGGACAGCAGCUCUAGCAAGACCAGCAGCCAGGAAUUGCUUCUUACUGUUCCAUAUAGGAAGAAGUAACUUCUUAUACUAGACCAGAGCAGAGGAAGUGAUGAUCUCUUCCUCCCCUCACCCCCCGGAAAUGUCACACUUCUCUGAUGUGAUAAUUGCUAUACUCCAAGAAGAUCAGUAAAGUUGAACCAAUAUUCUAGUGGAAUUAACCUUCAUUAUAAGCACAGUGAAACUUAACUAUUAGAGGACUGAAAGUAUAUUUCAACAAAUCGUAACUCUCCUUCCAUUUCACUAUAAACAGGUUCCACCAUAGUAAUGAUGGAGAUUAACAGAGCACAGCUCUUGAUUUUAUAUAUACUUGCUGAAGCAGUUUCUAUGUAUGCACACUCAUUAGUCAGCAGAGACAUCUCAACCCUGAAAGGAUUCUGGAGGACUGUUGCUUAUUGAAAAGCACUCCAAUUAGACCAGCUUUAGCAUACAUUUACAUCAGAUGUCAAGACAAGGAAUGUAUAAAGAGGGUAAACCCAUUCCUAUCUAUAAUGUAUAUUUUGUUCUUGUUAUAUUGGCUUUACUUCCAAAGUUGUAGUUUGCAGUAUUAGUUUCUUUUAUUGGUAUCAUUGCCUAUAUAUUCAAUAAAUGAGUUAUGAAUUUCG